AUGGCGGAGGGUCGGGGGCGGUUGGAAGGUCAGUGUUCACGGGUGAGUCUCCAUGGAAACGCGCAUCAGGGACCUCAACACCCGAACACAGACACCCCUCGCUCACUGUUACGGCUAGUGCCCUCAGGAAAACCUCUCUUACUCGCUUUAUUCCUCCUCCUUCUACUUUCGACCCCAGUUCCUGUAGCUGCGAAAACCCACUUUGCACAAUGCGGCGCAAAAAUCAAGGAACUAGCGAAGAACGGUUCCCUUCCAUCCGAGUAUAUCUACACCGGUCCUGUGAAAGGUCCCCUGGGCCAGGCACGAAAUAGCAAAAAUCCAGCAUUCCUGGUAACGUUUGCCGCCUGCGAGGAGUACUGCGGUGUAACACCAGAAUACUACGAGUGGGAAAAAGCCUCGGAUACAAUCACGACAUGGGUGCUCCCUUUGGUGGGUCUGAUUCUGCAGGCCCCCUUCGAGAGCAAUAACUUCAAACAAACCAUGUUUGUUGUAUUCAGGUGGGUGGGCUCACCUAUCGUUUCCAUGAUGUGUAUUUUCUGGAACAUGAAGGUUACCAGGAAGUGCGCUAUUAUGGUUGACAUGAGCGUCGACAAAGACCAGUACCCCCCACCACCAAGCAGUUUCGCGGAGUUGAGAGACUCUUUUUACCUCCUCAGCGUGGUUAACCAAUACGAGCUCAAUAUCUACACGCAGCUACAAGAACGCCACAUAGAGACUAUCCUUCGAGUUGGCCUAUUCGAUAGGAGGCGCGAAAUCCAACGAAUGAGGGCUAGAGUCGCCGCAAGCAUCCGCCGGGAACGCCGUCGGGGAACAGUCCAAGUUCUAGCAUCGCUGGCCUGGUUUCUGGUGGCAAUGGGCAUCUCGAUAAACAAAGCUUUCGGGGACCUCGGUGUGAACUCAACCGCCCAUAACCUCGCACUGGGCCUACUAAUGUCCUGGCUGCCGGUUCUCAUCGCCGCGACAAUCGUGGACAGAAACCCGAUGGAUGCGCGCUAUGUCCGCGCCAAGCUGAACAACUACCUCCGAGAAAUCGAGGCCGUUGAGCGCACCCCCAGCAUAUUCCCGGGAGUUGAGGAUCCAGACAUUUUCGGAGAGUUUGCGGGCCAAGGCCGCGUCCGCUGGCAUUAUGGCGUCGCCCACUCAUUCCUCCGAACGCUGGAGGCCAUGCACGGCAUGGGACGUGGUUGGUCGACAAUAUACGAAAACACCGACGAACUAUCCACUACAGGAGCCUACUCCGGCCUCGUGGGAUUCGACCUCAGCGAGGUAUGGCAGAUGGUAGCUGCCUUCCUGAUGGUCUGCUCCUGCAGCCUCGGCGCCUUCUUUGUCAGCUACUAUACGCCCACCGUCGGCCUCGGCUGCCGCUCUGGCGGAUACAUGAUCUUCGGUCUCAACGCCACCGGUUGCCUGAUCCUGGAGAUGGCCGCUUGGGCAUUCCUACACCCGGGCACCGGACGGAGAAUGGCGCAAUGGGUCCUGCGCCUCUGCGAGUUCACAAACUUCUGCUGGCUCGUGUACAUCAUCGUGGCGCAGACUUUCGGCAUAUACAACAGCUGCCGUUGCAAGUCGAGUAUGUGGGGCGGCGCCGGCGGGUACGUCGACUUUGAAGGCGUGCCGUACUACAAGUCCUACCACAUUGAAAAUAGCUGGCUACUGGGCACACUCACCACGUGCAUAUUCUUGGGCAUUGGGCUUGCAUACGUUGUUGAGCAGUGGUGCACUCAGAGUUUUCUGUGGACGCAAAAUUGGGAAUCGGCCAUGAAUGGGCUUUGGUGUGUGAGGAAGUGGAAGUGGGCCACCACCGGGCCCAGGUGGGUGUUUGCCUGGUUGGCCGAGUACGUGGUGGAGGCUGAGUGCCGGGUUCGCACAUUUUUGGGGAGGGAGGGGGACGUGGAGGAUUGUCGCCCGCUUUGGAAUUCGUGAGUUUUUGCUACUAUUUUAGAUGAAAAGGGGGGGUUGGGA